AGGGGACUAAGGCGACAAUGACAAGACGGAGCAGCAGCUGCGACUCAGUUCUCCCUGCGGGAAAUCCGUGUAAAGAGCUCACAGGCCGGCCGAGACCCCCAGGCGAAAGCAGCGUUGAUUGUUGUGCGAGUGGAGCUAGGGGCAAAGAGGAGACGUGGAGCAAAGUUUAUUUAGGCCAUCCUGGCUGUUUUCUCCACUUGAUUCCCUGGUUCUUGGAAAGCAUCUGGGUGAGAGACAGAGAUGGGCAGUUUUAAGGAAUCCAUUCUGUAAAGAGAAGUUCCUUACAUGGCUUCAAAAUAACUUGAUGUUUCUUUCACCCACUUGAACUUUUCAAGAAAACUCAGAGUACAUCUCAUUAAACAAUUCAUCUGUUUUAACAUAAUGCAAGUACAAACGGAUGUAUAUUCUGCUUUCAGGAAAGGGAUGAUUUCUCAUCUGCUGCCUGCUCUAUGCAGGUGCAAGAGUUCAAUGGAAGCGGACACCGGGCCUUCAAAGUGUGAGAAAGACAUGAUGUUGUCUUCCUUGAAACGCAGCAAGGACAAAACCACGCCAGUGUUCCUUUAAGGAUGGUAUAGCCAGUAGUGUGGCCUCCCAGGAAAUACUGGGCAAAGUAUCUCACUAUUGCAGAAGGGCUGUCCUUGUUUUCAGAGCAUUGGUUUCCUAUGCUCUGGACAGAACAAAGCAGUGGAGUCUGAGCAGGAUAUGGGUACAGAAGAACUUGGCGGGCACAGGCUGAGGGUCAGAAGGAGCUACCCAGGACGAAUGCUGGUGUCCUCACUCACGCACAGCCACGGGCAUUGCUGGCCCUGCAGAGAGAAUGCAGCUACCCAAGAGAACACAGAUACAGGAUGCUAAAGUUAGACAGAGCCGGAGCAUCACACAUUCCUUUUUAUUAAAAAGGAAAACAGGCAUGCAAAAAUUUGCAAAGCAUAUUGGAGAGAAGCGAAGACUUCAGAAGAAAUCAACUGAUAGAGAUUGCAUACUUAAAGACUUUUCUUCAGCAAGUACAUAAGCAAAAACUCAGACCUGUCUGUGAAGAGUGUUACGAGCCCUGAAAUAACACAGUAGGACCUCGGAGCAGGGACUCAGAACACCAUGGACCACCCAGAGGAGGAUCCAGGAAGAACACAGACUUUUCUCUCAGCCACACUGCUGAAGUUUAUUAUCAGUUCUUCAGUGAGGAAGAACAGGAAAUUGACAGCAAAACACUCUAAAAUCUUUAGUAUAAAGUUGUCAUUACACUUUGGAUUCAGUUAUUCCUUUUUUAAAAAAUCCCUUUGUUUUUAUAAAGUCAUGCAUGAAGUCGGAGGCUCAGGGUGGGCAGUGUGGGCUGUGGUUGGGGAACUGGGAGCACCCAUGCUGGGAGCACCCAUGCUCGGAGCACCCAUGCUGGGAGCACCCAUGCUCGGAGCACCUGCAGGGGGAUGGCGGGCCCAGAGGGGGGCGAGGGCCGGCUGCCCAGACCACCUGGGCCACGGUAGCGUCUUCAUUUUCUCUCAAACACAGGACAAGUCACGGAAGGCAUUUAGGCACAUUAGUGACAUAUUCCGAUUUGUUUGUUUUUUUUUAAUGGAUCAUCGCAGCUGCAUGUGGGAAAUGAGUUUGAGAGACUAGAAAGGGAAAGAGAACUCUACCGGGGAGGUUUUCAACCUGGCCUUUGGAGUCGAGGUCUUGGUGAGCACAGCCAAAAAAUACAAAGACCCCUUUGCUGUAUGCAUCACGUCUGUCCGCGUGCGUGCUCCCAGUUUGGUGCUACAAAAUGGCACCAGACCACGGAAGAGGUCACCAAAGUAAAGUUCUCAAACGGUAGAGCUUUCAUUUGUACUAAAUUUCACUGAACCAAAAAGUGUCCAUAACACUUAGCCAUAUGGAAGUUGGUGAGAAGAAUGAAUGGGUUUGACCCACUGUGACACUGAACGCUGAGGGGCCACCUGGAUUCAGGACAACUGAGCAAUAGCUAGAGGAAUUAGGCAGAUGACAAAUAAUGAAAUUGCUGGAGGGUUUUAUUAAACGUAAAGGUGAAGCAUUUGGCUCAGGUCUGUGGCUCAACAAUGCAACAAAUACUUCACCACUGAAUUCAGCCUACGGUGGUCGUGGUAGGAGGAGGCAAUGCAGCCCUGUGGUAGGAGGAGGCAGCACAGGACCUGGCCCGCUCAGAGGACAGUAGGUGGAGAGGGGUUGCACUAGGACCUGCCUCAGCCCUCAACACUUUUGCCUUUGUGGUCCCUUUCUUCCAUAAAAAUCAAGUUAUAUUUUACAACUGUAUUGGCUAACAAAACACACACAAAGAUAAUCCAGGCUAAUUUAUACUCAUUAUUUUCUUCUGAUUUUAAAAGAAAGGAAGACAUUUUUGUGGACCCUGAGGGUGGACAUGUCAGCCCUGCAGAGGGCAAAUGGUGGAAUCACUGGUGGGUGGGUACGGAGAGGACAGGGGAUGCAGUGGACCAUGCCUUCACUCUCACAGGCUCCCGCCCUGUGCAAACGUGACUGGUCAUCCCUCCAACAAAGCACUCCAGCAACCCAGCAAAAGUUCUGGCCAUAGGUGUGCCAGAAUUCGUGUACCGACAGAUUCGUGUUCCCACGGAUAUGUACCAAGCUCCACUACGAGAAACAGUCUGGCAACCACAAAUAAUGUAAAUAUGUUUCCCAACCUUUGUGUCUCUUGAAGGAUGUUCAUUGAAAUCCAAUGUAUAGCUCAUCACAACACUUCUAGAAAAACCUGUUUCCUCCUAAUUCCCUCAAGCUCUGCAACUGCUCUUUUUCCCAAACCCAGCAAAUUCUAACCGGGGUCUGGCUUGUCUGUCUCUCUUCCCCACCUCACUCUGGCUCUGUCCUCCUUUUUGUCCACACCCCCCACACCACCACCGCUUGUUCCCAAUAAAGGGGGGGAGGGGAGGAAGACACACUCUCUCUGCAAGGGGGAGGGAGGAGGAGGGAAGACUAAGAACAUGCUACUUCAUUGGUCUUUGCACUGUCACAACUGCAAAAACCUUAAAAUGUGACCUAUUUUCUUACAAUGACAACAGGGAAUUACUGAUAGAAAUGCGUUUGCUGAGACCAGCUGGUCAGAAGACCGGGAGGCGGUGAGCGCAGCGGGUGGGUGACGUGCUGGAGAGCCCGCCGGGUUGCCAGCCCAGCACACCCGUGGGGAACGCUGCCCACGACCCGCUCCUGAGUGGAAGGAGAGCAGGCCCCGACAGCCCUCCACCUGCAAGUUUGUUCCGGCUCCUGGGGUAGUAACUUGGUGGCAGAAGGCUAUGGAACUCUCCGGCCACCUGGUGGCAGAACUGAGCCCCAUUCUUAGAGAUGAACCAGAAUUCAGAAACACCAAAAUCGAGUACAGAUUGUAAAAUAUAUGCAAAGGCAAUGGAAAUACUUGAGGAAAGCAGCACCCUUUAGGCGGUUCAGUCUCAAGGAGCUCCCUUUGUGUCUGGAUAUUUUAUUUGUUACACGCAGAGAAGCAGUAAAUGCGUGUUGAAACAGCUGGUGCUUUUAGGCUGCAGAGCAUGGAGCCCACUGAGGCCGCUGAGCUCCUAACAUGACCUGCGUGUCCACGGAGGGUAAGGCUUCCCUGCCCAGACAGUGAGAAGUCUGUAGUUUUAUAUCUCUGGGCAAAGAUGAUCCAAGCCUGCUGAUAAUGCAAGAGCUCAGGAAAUGUCUAACUCUAAGGCAUAAUUGCUGAUUUUCACGUGCUAGGGGUGACCAGGUCGUCAUCAUAUUAUUACAAGCUUGAACAAAGAGCCCUAGGGCUCCGGCAGGAUCUCUGUGCUGUUCAAUCUUUCAGAACAGCUGGUGUUCCAUAUAUACACAUUUCUGUUCACCAGGGAGCCACUGCAGCUCCAUCUGCUUGAAAAAUGCAUCAAAAGAGCCUGGACUCGGAGUUGUCAACACAACUCCGGAAGGUCAUUCUGGGUCUUCCUAGGAACCAUGCCCAUCAGUGGCAAAACGAAGCCAACCCAGCCAGGGACUUGAAGGUGCUCUGCGUCAGGCCCUACAAUUUUUGAGAACUUGAUAGGUAAAUCGCCCUGACAUUUGAAAGCUGCAGCAGUUUCUAUCUCACAUGCAGUGGAAACUUUCAUUUCUCUGUUAGGGUAGAGUAUUUCAGCAUUCCAGGGAAACAGAAUUAUCCUCUACCUCGCCGGGUGGUUGAAGAAACAACCCAUUUUAUACAUUAAAUUAUAAAUAGCAAUUUCACAGGGCACAGGCUCCGGUGUGCACAACAUGUAACUGUAUCUUUCUCUGGGUGCCUCUGAGCCCUCAUUUGUAAAAUGAAGAUUAUAUUCCUGCCUCAGAGAUUAUCGUGAAGAUUCAGUGGACUAAUGUAGGGAGGCAUUUUGCCUGGCUUGAGUACAGAAUAAAGCUUCUCUAUUACACAAAGUACAUUUAAAUUCAACCUCAAGCUCAUUCCACCCAGUAGCAGAAACUCAGUCCUCACUGAGAGGAAAGCCAGCAAUGCAAAGUUCUCGUAGCAGCCUCAGAACAAUGGCUUUGGGACAGGGCACUCGCCUUAGGUCUCCCUGUCUACCAUGUUACCUGUCCUUGUUCUUGGCAUCUCUGCCAAAAGUCUCAAAGGCUCAGGUCAGCCUGAGCCUGACCUAGUUCUUCUCUGCAUUCCCGCCAUAAGAGCUUGCUCUGAAGACAGGCGGCGUGGGCCGCCCCCACUGACGCCCGAAGAGUGAGGAAAGAAGCACAUCAGCUAACAGCUCAAAAUUAUCCUGCCACAGUAGGAAGAUGACCUUUUUCCCAGCACAUUACGAUUCCCAUGGAGUGUUUGGUUGUAUCAUCUAGAGGCUGAUGACCCUUCAAUUGGCAUCUCCAGUCCAGACCCUUCCCUGACCUCCAGAUUCCUAGAUCCAACUGACACGUGUGCUUGGAAAUCAAACAGCGGCUUAAACGGGGUCCCUGGCUUUAAACACAUACGCCUGGGGCAACCAGUCUUGGACUUCAAAGGGAGUGUGAAGACAUGGCCUGACUCACGGGAAGGAGAGACACAGCGCUGCCAAGAGCUGCUGGAAGCGCUCAUGGGCCUGGCAGAAUAUAAAACUCGGAACAACGCUAUCACCGCAAAGGCAUUUUUUUCUUGUCGUGAUGCCUUCCCUUCCCAAUUCUGAUGAGCUGAUUUUUUUUGUGAAUGGAAGAAAGGUAACAGAGAAGAAAGCUGAUCCCGAGGUAAAUCUCCUGUUCUACCUGAGAAAAGUCCUCCGUCUCACGGGCACAAAAUAUGCCUGUGGGGAAGGAAGCUGCGGUGCCUGCACGGUGAUGGUGUCACGAUACAACCCCAAGACCAAGACCAUCCACCAUUUUCCAGCUACCGCAUGCCUGGUGCCCAUCUGCUCUCUGUAUGGGGCUGCCGUCACCACAGUGGAAGGUGUAGGAAGCAUCAAAACCAGGAUUCACCCAGUGCAGGAAAGGCUUGCCAAGUGCCACGGCACGCAGUGUGGAUUCUGCAGCCCAGGGAUGGUGAUGUCCAUCUACACACUGCUGAGGAACCACCCGGAGCCAACCCCUGACCAGAUAACCGAAGCUCUUGGAGGUAAUUUGUGCCGCUGCACUGGAUACCGACCAAUUGUAGAAAGUGGAAAAACUUUCUGUGCGGAAUCGACUGUUUGCCAAAUGAAGGGGUCAGGAAAAUGUUGCCUGGAUUCAGAAGAGAAGUCUUUUGCGAACAGACAGGAAAAGAUCUGCACCAAACUGUACAAUGAAGAUGAAUUCCAGCCCUUCGAUCCGUCCCAGGAGCCUAUAUUCCCUCCUGAGCUGAUAAGAAUGGCAGAAGAUCCAAACAAGAGAAGGCUGACGUUCCAAGGGCAGAGGACUACCUGGAUCGCCCCUGUGACCCUGAGCGACCUUCUGGAGCUGAGAGCCAAUUUCCCCAAAGCCCCACUUGUCAUGGGGAACACUGCAGUGGGACCCAGUAUUAAGUUCAAAAAUGAAUUCCAUCCAGUUUUCCUAUCUCCACUUGGGCUUCCAGAACUACAUUUUGUGAACACCACAGAUACUGGGGUGACCAUAGGUGCGGGAUACAGCCUGGCCCAGCUGAACGAGGCCUUACGCUUGAUCGUUUCGGAGCAACCGAAGGAGAAGACUCAGACCUGUCGAGCUCUCCUGAAGCACCUGAGGACACUUGCAGGAGCCCAGAUUAGGAAUAUGGCUACUUUAGGAGGACCUGUGGUGAGCCGGCCUAACUAUUCUGACCUAAACCCUAUUUUAGCAGCAGGAAACGCUACCAUCAAUCUGAUAUCUAAAGAUGGACAACGGCAGAUUCCUUUAAAUGGCCCUUUCCUUGAGAGAUCACCUGAGGCCAACCUGAAAUCGGAAGAGAUCGUGCUGUCUGUUUCUAUUCCCUACUCGACUCAGUGGCACUAUGUGUCAGGACUCCGGCUGGCCCAACGUCAGGAGAAUGCCUUUGCCAUUGUCAAUGCCGGGAUGAGUGUGAAGUUUGAAGAUGGCACAAACGUUAUCAAAGAACUUCAAAUGUUCUACGGGAGUGUUGGACCCACUGUUGUCUCUGCAAGCCAGAGCUGCAAGCAGCUCAUUGGGAGGCGAUGGGAUGACCAAAUGCUGAGUGACGCCUGCCGCUGGGUCCUGGAUGAGAUUUACAUCCCGCCAGCAGCUGAGGGCGGCAUGGUGGAAUACAAGCGAACCCUCAUCAUCAGCUUACUCUUCAAAUUCUACCUCAAAGUGAGGCAAGGACUGAAUAAAAUGGAUCCCCAGAAGUUUCCUGAUAUCCCAGAAAAGUUCAUGAGUGCUCUAGAAGAUUUCCCCAUAGAAACACCCCAAGGACUCCAGAUGUUCCAGUGUGUGGAUCCCUACCAACCCCCUCAAGAUCCAGUUGGACACCCAGUGAUGCACCAGUCAGCCAUCAAGCAUGCCACAGGACAAGCUGUAUUUAUUGAUGACAUGCCUCCCAUUGACCAAGAACUCUUCCUGGCUGUAGUCACCAGUACCAGAGCUCAUGCAAAGAUUAUAUCAAUUGAUAUUUCAGAAGCCCUGGCACUUCCAGGUGUGGUUGAUGUGAUAACAGCAGAGGAUGUUCCGGGAGAUAAUAAUCAUGAAGGAGAGAUUCUCUAUGCACAGAAUGAGGUAAUUUGCGUGGGUCAGAUCGUCUGCACUGUGGCAGCUGACACCUAUGUUCAUGCGAAAGAAGCAGCCAAAAAAGUGAAGAUUGCUUAUGAAGACAUAGAACCAAAGAUUAUCACAAUAGAGCAAGCCAUAGAGCACAAUUCUUUUCUGUCUGCUGAGAAAAAAAUCGAGCAAGGAAAUGUGGAGCAAGCCUUUAAAUAUGUUGACCAAAUCAUCGAAGGUGAGGUCCACGUGGAAGGACAGGAGCAUUUUUACAUGGAAACACAAAGUAUCCUGGCUAUCCCAAAAACAGAAGACAAAGAGAUGGUGUUACAUCUUGGGACACAGUUUCCAACUCAUGUGCAGGAAUACGUGGCUGCAGCACUAAAUGUCCCAAGGAGCAGAAUCGCCUGCCACAUGAAAAGAGCUGGAGGAGCGUUUGGGGGGAAAGUGACCAAGCCUGCUCUGCUAGGAGCUGUAGGUGCUGUGGCCGCCAACAAGACUGGCCGCCCUAUCCGGUUUAUCCUGGAGCGCGGAGAUGACAUGCUGAUAACUGCUGGCCGUCACCCACUCCUCGGGAAAUACAAAAUUGGAUUCAUGAACAACGGCAUGAUCAAAGCUGCUGAUGUUGAAUAUUACAUCAAUGGUGGGUGCACUCCUGAUGAAUCUGAGAUGGUGUUGGAGUUCAUCGUGUUGAAAUCUGAGAAUGCAUAUUAUAUUCCUAAUUUCCGGUGCCGUGGUAGGGCGUGCAAAACGAAUUUGCCUUCCAACACCGCCUUCCGAGGAUUUGGCUUCCCUCAGGCUACGGUGGUUGUUGAAGCUUACAUAACUGCUGUGGCUUCUCAGUGUAACUUACUCCCUGAAGAGGUUAAAGAAAUAAACAUGUAUAAGAGAAUUAGCAAAACAGCCUAUAAGGAGACAUUUAAUCCAGAGCCCUUGCGAAGAUGCUGGAAAGAAUGUCUGGAGAAAUCUUCCUUCUAUGCUAGGAAACUGGCAGCAGAGGAAUUUAACAAGAAGAAUUACUGGAAGAAGAGAGGGCUUGCCGUAGUCCCCAUGAAAUUUACCAUUGGGAUCCCCAUAGCCUACUACAAUCAGGCAGCUGCUCUAGUCCACAUCUAUCUGGAUGGCUCCGUCUUGGUGACUCAUGGUGGCUGUGAACUGGGACAAGGCCUGCACACCAAAAUGAUUCAGGUGGCUAGUCGAGAACUCAACAUCCCCCAGUCCUACAUACACCUGUCUGAAACAAGCACGAUCACGGUGCCCAAUGCUGUCUUCACCGCAGGGUCAAUGGGGACAGACGUCAACGGAAAGGCCGUGCAGAAUGCCUGCCAGAUUCUUAUGGCCCGUCUUCAUCCUAUCAUCAGGAGAAACCCUAAAGGAAAAUGGGAGGACUGGGUUGCAAAAGCCUUUGAAGACUCCAUCAGUCUCUCAACUACUGGAUAUUACAAAGGCUACCAGACAAACAUGGACUGGGAGAAGGAGGAAGGCAAUGCGUAUCCGUAUUUUGUGUAUGGUGCGUCCUGUUCUGAGGUUGAAGUCGACUGCCUCACCGGGGCUCAUAAGCUCCUGAGGACCGACAUCUUCAUGGAUGCUGCCUUUAGCAUAAACCCAGCCGUGGACAUUGGGCAGAUUGAGGGGGCCUUUAUCCAAGGCAUGGGAUUGUAUACCAUAGAAGAACUGAAAUAUUCCCCAGAAGGUGUGCUUUACUCUCGGGGUCCAAGUGACUACAAAAUUCCCACCGUCACGGAGAUUCCAGAAGAGUUCUAUGUCACUUUAGUGCGUUCCCGAAAUCCCAUCGCCAUCUACUCAUCCAAGGGACUAGGUGAGGCUGGGAUGUUCAUGGGCUCCUCUGUGCUAUUGGCCAUAUAUGACGCAGUGGCGGCUGCCCGAAGAGAGAGAGGGCUGACCAAGACCUUCACCCUGAGUAGCCCAGCAACUCCUGAAGUGAUCAGGAUGACUUGUGUGGAUCAGUUUACUGACAUGAUUCCCAGAGAUGACCCUUCAACAUUUACACCUUGGUCCAUCCAUGUGUCUUAAUCCUGUGUUUUCUAGAAAAUGAAAGAAUAUAUGAUUGAUCUUAAAAGUCUCAGGCCAGAGAAAAAUAUAGGUUGGUUUCCAAUUAUCAAAGAUAAUUUUAACAUCUUUAAUGCUACGGUUUAGGUCACUGCAUGAUUAUGUUUUAAGAUAUAAAUUUUCACCAAAAGGUAGAAGCGUAGAAUCAAAAUUUCAAAUUUUAGUUUGCAUUACCCUGAAAUCUAUUAUGAUUUCAAAAUGUGGUAGAAUUUUUAUUAACCCAAAACAACUCAGGAAAGACUACUCAUGCUUUGUUCUUCAGAAAUCUGCUCAAAGUUCAGUAAAAUCAUCCACUGCCCAAACUCUAAAGAUUGGAUUUCCCCAAAGCCAAUGUUGUGCUGGUAAUAAUUGACUCACCUGGAAAAAUCCCUGAUUUAUAGUGUUUGCCAGUUUCCAUGGUGUAAAUACUCCUACCUUGGCCAAUUUCAAGCCACUGACAUGAAGUCUCUGAAUGUGGAGUUGGAAAGAGAUGCUCACAGGCAGUUCUUGUGUGUGGAUAAGAGCUGUCUCCAGCACUGCAAACCACCACAAUCCUCAGUCCCCACCACUCCCACAUGUCCAUUUAGAUGAGGCUUCAGGAAGUAACCAUCCAAAGCCUCCUGGUCUUCACCUGCCAGGAGCCAGGUACAUGAUACAACUUCUUCCUCACCCAGGAGAUCACACUGAGUAAAACAACAAUCUUAACUUA